AUGAGUGUUCCAGACAAAAUCGAGACGCGCCUUUUCAUCAACGGAGAAUUCGUUGAAGCAUCCGAUGGAAAGACUUUCGAUAUCAUCAACCCAGCUACACUGAAGCAUGUUGCCAAAGUGCACGAGGCCUCUGAACAGGACACAGACAGGGCAGUCGCUGCAGCGAAGGCAGCUUUCUCUGCAUGGUCUGCAUUAUCUCCAGACAAGCGAGCGCCAUACUUCAAGAAGCUCGCGAGUCUCAUUCGGGAAAACAAUGCCGAACUUGGGGCCCUCGAAGCGGCUUCAAUGGGAAAACCUCUCGGAGCUUUCUUCGAUGCCUAUGCAUGUGCUUCCAAGUGGGACCACUAUGCUGAAGCUGGCUACACCGUACAAGGGACAUCCAGCGUUCAGACACCAGGUUUCCUCAACUUGACGCUGCGGCAACCUUACGGUGUUGUAGCUGCUAUCAUCCCGUGGAACGUGCCGCUACUGUUUCUAGCUGGCAAGCUGGCACCAGCGUUGAUCGUCGGUAACACAGUCGUUCUCAAAAGUUCCGAAAAGGCACCUUUGACGUCUGCCAAAAUUGCCACCCUGGUCCAGCAAGCUGGCUUUCCCCCAGGUGUGAUCAACAUCAUCUCUGGCUUUGGCAACGUCAGUGGAUCGAUACUCAGCCAUCACAUGGAUGUUCGCGCCCUGACGUUUACGGGUUCUGGUCGCACGGGACGCAUAAUCCAAGCUGCUGCUGCAAAGUCCAACCUGAAACAGGUGUUUCUUGAGCUCGGUGGCAAAUCACCCGCAAUCGUAUUUGAAGAUGCCAACAUCGAGGAGGCUGUCAAGGAAACAGCGUACAGCAUCCAGUGGAAUAGUGGCCAAGUCUGCAUGGCCAACUCGCGUGUCUACGUUCAGGAUACAAUCGCCGACAAGUAUAUCGAGCUGUUUAGGCAACACUUUGAGAAGGAGGUGUCUAUGGGCGACCCACUUGACAAGGGCAUCAACCACGGUCCACAGGCGGACGAGGUCCAGCAUAAGACAGUGCUACAAUACCUUGAAUCGGGUAAACAGUCUGGCGGAGAGCUUCUCAUUGGCGGCGCUGCGCCCUCUGACCGUGAAGGUUACUACAUUCAGCCCACCAUCUUCAAGAACACGCCAGAGGACGCAAAGAUUAUGAAAGAAGAAGUAUUUGGCCCCGUCGUCAACAUCAACGUGUUCAAGUCGGAAGAAGAGGUCCUGGCCAAAGCAAACAAUACAGAAUACGGCCUUUAUGCCGCAGUAUACACCAAAAACAUCGAUCGCGCCAUUCGCUUCGCCAAAGGACUCGAGGCUGGGACGGUGGGCGUCAAUUGCACGUCGCCCAUUACCGGGCGGGACAUGCCCUUUGGCGGGUACAAGUCGUCGGGGUCAGGGCGAGAAGGGGAGCCGUUGUACUCGCUGGACAACUUCCUCGAGACGAAGAGCUUCCCAGGACCAUGUCGUUAUUGUGCUCGAACUGGCGCCACGUGCACCAUUGCUACCCCACGGAGAAAAAGACCCUACUACCAUGUCACGGAAGAAGAAUAUCAAUGUGCCAUGCGCAUUCUCGAGCACUUCUUCCCUGGCCAUGACCUGAAUCUGCAAUCCCUAAGAUCCAUAGCAAAGGCCAUCAAGGACGGCACUUUCACGGCCCCACCGGUUCUGCAAACCGAAGGCCUGUUCACUAACAACCUAGCAUCCCCACCAGACGACGAAGAAAGCGUCGAUGAUGGCGAGGAACAGGACGUUAGCGAACUGCACGAGCCGCUGGGCUGUAUGAUGAAGGAUUCAAGAGGAAAGUUCCGAUACGUGGGCGCCCAUAGCGAGAUUCCCUUCAACGCGGCUGUCGUAACCCUGGGCAUUCAACGAAAGAAUCCAGCCAUCAUUCCUUCCCCUCGGGUGGGACUGUAUCCCCCUCCCCUCCCAGGUCGGUCACCCGCUACCGACUUUGGGGCCGAGGAAGUCUACUACCUUCCGGCUCGUGAGCUUUGUGACAUCUACGUCUCGAGGUUUCUCGAAGAUGUACAUUGCACUUACUGGCUCUACGCAGUCGAAAGUCUGCUACGGCGCGUGGACAGCACCUAUUCAGAUGCAGCACCAGCUCGAUCGAGUUCCUGGAUGUGCUCACUCUAUGCCAUAUUCGCCAUAGGAGCAGCCAACUAUGUAGGAACUAAUGGGGAGUCACCGCUCCCAGGCUCGCCAGCUGCCAUGGAUCCAAAGACCUCUGAAGACUACAUCACUCUUGCCAAGCAGCUGAUCCCUACCGUCUAUGAUGAAGCAGACAUCGAUAGUAUACGUGCCCUGGCGAUCAUGAGCAUUGUGAUGGAAAACAUAUGUUCGCGGGUAAGCGCGUACCUCUACAUGGGAGCCAGCGUGCAAAUGGCGUACACGCUCGGUCUUCAUCGCGACCAAAUAGCGGAAUUUGAGACGACAAUAGAGCGCGAACGGAAUCGUCGGAUAUGGUGGACGCUCUUCAUCCUCGACCACGGUAUAUCGUCUAGAGGUGGUAGCCCGAGCGUGAUCGAUGAGCGAUACACGAAAGUCACUACCCCAAUGUCUUCUGAGCAGACACUGUACCCCGGACUGCAUACACCGCUUUCCUGGCUAUCCACAUCUGUUGCUCUCUGUCGCCUGAAACGUGAAAUCACCCAAGCCGUCUAUACAGAGCGCUCAUCACACUCAAUAUCCUUCUCUACAGUCUCAGAAUCCCUCCUGCUCCUCCAAAAGUGGUACCGACAAAUGCCAGCGCACCUCAAGUACGACGUCCCCUCACCACCAACCCAUAAGCGAGCUGUUUCACUCCUACACCUAAACUACUGGGGCACUACCAUCCUCCUUACGCGACCGUUUUUGCUUUAUCUGGUCAUCAAGUAUACCACGCUUGCUUCAAGUAAGAAGAUAUGGUUUGAGCGCAUGGGCAAGACGUGUAUCGAUGCUGCACAGAAAAGUAUCACCAUUUUGCAACAGAUGGCAGCUGACGGCACGCUUUCGAGUCUUACCGCUUUCGACAGCACUUGCAUACUAAGACUGGUUAUGGUGUUUAUCCUUGCUUAUGCGCACACGAGGAUGCCACAGUACAGUUCGCACAUCGAAACUCUGAUAUCGCUCAGCAGGGGCAUGGAGCAGAUUGGGUUUACCAAAAUGGUCACCGAGGAAACACCUGGACGGCUUGCCGAUCUCGGUAUUCCAGAAGAGCCGCAGCCGCCGAACGGGAACGGGAACGUGGACGCGCCCGUUCAUCUAAACGAUGAGAUGAUCGCUCAGCUUUGGGGGAAUUGGGACCCGAACUUUAUGACACCACUACAGGUGCAACAGAGUCUCGAUCUUACGUUUGAUGAUUCAGGCGCUUUUGACAUGAAUUCGGAGAUUCUCGCAUUUACGAAUUUGGAUGAUUCGAUCAUCAUUGAUCCUUCGCAGGUGUACGGAAACUAUCACCAGCAUCAUUGA